CUAAGCUAUAUAGGUAGUAGUCCGUACUUCCGUAGUAUUUAAUUUACUAUGAGUACCUACAUUGUACAUUAUAAAAUUCUUAUCUAAUAUAAUUAUCCGUUAAGUUUCCCAGUUAAAAAACUGGUGGAGCUCAGACCAAAAGCCUGAGUUCAAUCAAAAACUGAAAUUUAAAGGUUCAUUAGAAAAAUACAAUGUGUGAAGAUGAAUGGUCAGAUAUUGAAAGAMGAUUUGAAAAAGAAGGCAUUGACUAUAGCCGUUUGAAGACAGAGGAGAAAUUGAUUCAUGUUUGGAGAUGGUUAGUUGAUGCUGAAAUAAAUUUACAGAAUGCAAGAAAAAUGGUUGAAAAACUUCGUUUUAAACAGAAUGAAGAAUUGGAGGAUAUGGAAAAUUACAUGGUUCAUGUACGAGUGCUUGCUGAUAAACGAAUUGAUGAUAUGGAAAAAACUAUGUCCAUUUUUGCUGAGCAAGUUGCAAGACUUGAAUGUGAAUUAAACAGUUUAGAAUCGAUAGAUGGUGAUAACGUCUGCGACAAGGUUUCAAAUUUGAUUCUUGGUUACACAUCCCUUUUGAAUGAAGUUAAUAUAUUAAAACAAUUUAAAAGUUUUGAUAUAAAUGGAAUAUGUAAUGGAUCUGAUGAUGUUUUAAUAGUUGAAAUGAUUAAAAUUUCGGCUGAAAAAGAAUCUUUAAAAAGACAAGUUAAAGAAUUAGAAGAUCGGAUAAGUGUUUAUGACAUGAAUAAAACAGAUUAUAAUACUCAACUAAUAUCUAUGGAGCAAUCAGAAAGUUCAAACAAAAUUGAUGGGAAAGAUUCAUUAUUGGAUAAUUCAAUAUCUUGGAACAGAAAUAUAACAAAUGAUGACACAUCAAGUAUAAGCAUCCAAUUAUUUAGUGAUAGAACAAAAUCAGCAAGCAAUUUUUGUAAUGAUUUUUUUAAUUGUGCACAAGAAGAAAAGAUAGAUGAUCAAAAACAAAAUGUUAAUGAAAUAACAAGAAMUUUUGGGCCAGAAUCAACAUCACCAAGUYUUUUAUCUAGUGAAUUAGCAACUCCRCAACAAAUUUCAACAGUUACAACAAAUGGGAUAUUUAAUAAUCAAKCAGAUGAACUAAAAAAAAUUAAGGUGGAGUUAGAUGCCCACAAGAACUUGGUAUCAUCUCUUGGUGAAAAAUAUAAUGUACUGGCACUUAAACAUUUACAGUAUAAGUCAAAAAGAAAAAUGCAAAUUGAAGCUUUAAAAGGUAAUUUGGAAGCUAAUCAGUGUCAAAUAGAAUCACUUAAAGCACAAUUAAACAUACAAAAACGCAGAUUAAAGACAGAAGAAGAGUUCCGAAAACAAGUAGAAACAGAUUACAGAUCUUUGCAAGAAGAAAAACGCAAUAUUGAUUUUCGAAUUKCAAUGUCGGAGAACGAGUUACGAAAUAUGGCCAGACACCUUAGUGUAUUACAUAAAAAGGUGGCUAUGUUAGAGAGUGCUAAUGCUGAUUUAUUGUCGAAACACUUACAACUUGUUUAUAAAAAUUCACGUAUACCAAAAAGCACUACAUCUGAUUGCAUUUUAACUGCCAUUUCUGAUGACAAAUAAAACUUGGCUAAAAUAACAUUUUAAUUUUUAAGUAAUUCUCUAAUUUUCAAAUAUUUUGUAAAAAGUACAGAGAAAAUUWAAAAAACCCCUUUUGACUAAUUAAAAUAAAUUGUCUUUCAUUAUAAUUAUAACUAAUCAAUUUUAUUCCAUUACACUCUUCAGAGUAAUUUUCAAUCGAAAAGUUAAUUAUUUACAUUUUAUAAAUAUUAUUAUAAAUAAUACUAUACACUGAUAUUUGUUUCACUGUACUCAAAAAUUAAAUGCUUUCAUUAUUUAUAAAUUGUGUGUUAUUAAUGUAAUUAAGUCCUUCCAAUAAUUAUUGUGCCAAAUAAUAAA